UUUGGGAUGCUCAUCACCAUCCCUCAAUGCACCAACCCGCUCAUCACCAUCCCUCAAUGCACCAACCCGCUCAUCACCAUCCCUCAAGGAAAAUCCUCCAUGACCUCACGGAGUGGCAUUCAGAGUGCUGCACACACGCCUCUCCACCGUCCCCACCACCUUCCCCUUCUUGAUUCCCUCUUUCUCCCUACCGUUUCCCAUCCCUUCUCACCACUUCCCACCUCUUCCCACCCAUCUUCCUCACAGCACGGAGUGGCCUUCAGAGUGCUGCACACACGCCUCUCCACCGUCCCCACACCCUCCAUGCUCCAUCCCACUCCUACCCCAUCGCCCUUCUUCCCACUCCACUCUACCUCCUCCUACCUGCCUCACCCAGCAAUCCCUCUAACCGCCUCCUUUGCACCUACCACACUCCCUCCACACCUCACUUCCGCUCCUGCCUCAUUCUCCUCCAAACCCUCCUCUCGCUCCUCCUCCCCUCCACCUCACUCCUCCCUCUACGGCCCACUCCCCCACUCCCACCUCCUCUCCUCAGCUUCAACAUCAGCCAGCAGCACAGACGGAAGCGGCUCAUCACUAGACGGCCCGUCGCUCCUCCGGAUAUUUCUGGACAUGCAACGGAGACACAAGGAACCAAAGGCCCCACCAUCGGGCAGCAGGGGAUGGAGCUCUGCUGGAUCAGGCACGUUUGGUGGAGUGAUGGGGGGGUUUCAGGGAGGGGGAGGCGGGGGAGGGGGGGUUGGAGGAGGUGGUGGAGGGGGAGGAGUGGGAGUGGGUGGAGCACAGUUUGGUACGGUUGGUGAAGAUGGUGGUGAUGAUGGGCGGUUGGGGAGUGGGUUGGGGAGAGGAGGGUUGUCGCAGUCGCAGCAUGGAGGUGGGGGGUUCUUUCAAUCGUUACAGCAGGAGUAG